UUCAACCUAUAUAAGCUCUUAUUUCCACAUCCUUUACUCAAUUCUCACUGCCUAUUUCUUGUCUUAAAUCUUGGUUAAUCACACCAUCGUUUUGGAAAGAUGAGUGGUCCUGUUGAAGAAAGCUUUGGAAAUGGAAGCAACCCUGAAAGGAAAUACAAGGGAGUGCGUCGUCGAAGAUGGGGUAAAUGGGUGUCUGAAAUCCGAGUUCCAGGCACGCAAGAACGACUUUGGUUAGGCUCUUAUUCCACCCCGGAAGCUGCUGCCAUUUCUCAUGACAUUGCUUUCUUUUGUCUGCGUCGACCAUCUUCUUUAAAUGCUCUCAACUUUCCAUCCAUGUUACCCCCGAAUGUCAAUGCAAACAUGUCUCCCAAGUCUAUCCAGAAAGCAGCAUCGGAUGCUGGCAUGGCGGUCGAUGCUCAGAUGAUCGUUAGCAGGCCCAUCAACAAUGAAAUCAAAGGAAAUGAAAACAGUGGAAUUAUUGGAAUGGAGACAGAGUCCUGGGAAAACGAUAGCAGCAAUGGAUCAUGGGAAGGAAGCAUGGGAAAAGAAUUUGAGGCUUUGAGCAUUUCCGUUGAAGAUUACCUCUAGACAGAUAUCAGAAACAGCUUAAUCCAUCUCUAAGUCUAAAUAAAAUGCCAUUAAUAUUACAUGCAGAUUAUUUUGUACAUAAAAAUCAGAACGAGAAAGCACAGGCACCUAGCUAGUUGUUGUUAUGUGCCAGCUGUUGUUAGUUCAGAAAUUUUCUCUUAUUUUGAACCUAGUUUUAGCAACUAGUUCAUGCAAUCCUAUAUGAUAUAUACAUCGAAUUUAAAUUUUC